UUCUCGAGUGAUGCGACCUGUUGACCAUCAAACCACUUAAAUACCGGAAUCAGUCUGUGUCUAGGUAUGUCGGCACCAUCUUCCAGUUUCUCCACCGGAAGCUCCAAGAAAGAAUCGAAUAACUUCAUCCGGCUCUGCCAAUUAUUGCUGGACAUUGGUACAAAGGUUCUCCAUGAUAAAUUUGAUACGUUGGUCCCUCCUAGUCAACUGGCGUACUUCCUGUCAUGCAACAAAUCUAUACUGAAGAAAAAGCCAAGUAUAGGAGGUCAUGGAAGGGCCAAACUCUUCCCGUCUGACGGCACCCCAUGCUCAAAGCUAUUCGAUAUAUCCUUGAUGUACGUGCUGUUUAGGGAGACCCGCUUUACUGACGACGACGGCAGCACCAGACCUUUAAUCGCACCACCCAAGCUGGGAUGGGGUAUCAAACCGGAUUCCGCGGACUCUAGCGACGCAGCCAAUAUCGAGCGCCUACGUUUCGCACGCAAUGAUCUGUAUGGUCACAAACUAAAAGCUGCAAUCAGCAAUGAGGAAUUCGAGGAAACUUGGGCGGAACUAUACACAGCGAUAAUAAGUAUUGGAGGUGAUACAUACAUACAGGAAGUCGACAAUAUUUUAAAUCAUACCCUACCAGCUGUGUUAAACGUGCCGAACAAUACAAAGCUGAUGCAGGUGCUCAUAGAGAAACGAGGCGAGAAGGACAAGAAGUUUGUAGAGACUCGCGCCUAUCGUCGGAUACAAGAGGAAGUAGAUCGUGCGGGUUCCGUUCUCAUUGUCGGAAACUCUGGCGAGGGAAAGACAUCAUGUGCAUGGCAUCUUAUUCUUCGUCGUCUCGUCGCUGGCGACAACCUCGUCAUUGUCGACUCCGCGGAUGACUGGCGCAAGAAAUGGGAUGCUAGCAAAAAGCAAACAAUAUUCGUUGACAACUGCUUUGGUGAGUCUUGUGCCAUUCCUGAACGUGCCGAAGCUUGGCAACGCUUGCAGGAAGAUCUGCGUGGGUGUAUUAACAACAAGGACACAACGGUCAUCGCUACAGUCCGAACAUACAUCUACAGAGAUCUGAAAGCCACGGUCAGUCGCUUCCAUCUGUUUGGAAAACCGAUUGAUAUUUCUUCUAUUAAUUUGCGUCUUUCUUCAUCUGAAAAGCUGCAGAUGAUUCGAAGCCAUUUGAGUGACAAAGAAAUCAGCUUGAACACGAAGACAAUUGAAAUGCUGACAUUAUGCGAUACACCAUGUUUCCCUUUGUCAUGUAGGCUUUUUGCGUCUGACGAGAUGUUUCGAGCAAAAGGUGAAAGUUUUUUCCUCUAUCCCGUGUCACAGUUACGAGAAGAGCUCGUUCAGCUUUCAAGGAGAGAUAGUGUCGCGUUUUCAGCAUUGAUGUUACUACUUGUGAGCGAUGGUCACCUCUUGUUUGAUAAUCUGACGCCGAACGAACCUGCGCAAAAUAAACCUCCAAAUGGAUGGUACGACAGGCUGUACAAUAUCUGCUGUGGGGCCACGCCGAAAGUUAAUUGGGCUGCUGAAAAACUCGAGUCAAUAAAGAAAUCCCGUAAACUACCUAAUCUGACCUUGUUCGAUAUCAAUCGUGCCAUAGAAAAACUACGCGAUUCACACGUCACAGUUACAGAUACCGCUUACAAGUUUCUUCACGAGUCUCUUCUGGAAGCUGUAGGUGUAGUCUUGGCAAAUGAGGACGCUAUAUUUGUAUUGCAACAUUGUAGUGCCCAUUUCAUCCAACAACACGUUCGAAUUCAAUCUUUCCCUGACGUAGCGGAAGAUACGAUAGUACGCUUGCCGGAGAUUUACUACAAGGAACUGGCGAAACGUUUCACCGAUGACGUUACAAACGGGGACAUAGAUGCUGUCUUCCAGAACCCUUCUAUCAACGACCUCUCGUUUUCCAUUCGUUGGUGUCUGUAUAUUGCAAACAUGGAACGCACAAAACAACUGAAUUUUUUCAGAAGUGUGGAUAAGAAAGGCUACACGUUGUUUUAUUGGAUAGGUCGUACCUGGAAAUCUGUCUCUAUUGAGACAGUUCUUACAGAAAGAAGAACCAACAACAGAUUGUCUGCACGGCGCAUGUUUCAGCGGAAACUUAGAGGUCGUCAAGUAUGUGCUCAUGGCGGAGAAGAAAAUGCCAACAUUGUACAAAUGCUCUUUAAACGUCAAAACUCUAUCAACGUCACUGCGCAUAUAGAGUGGUCUCCCCUGCACCUUGCCGCAGGUAAAGGGGAUGUGGACAUUGUUCUUAAUCUGAUAGAGAGUGGUGCAGAUAUCAACAUAGCGACCACUAAGGGCUGGAGUCCGCUGUAUUGCGCCACGCAAAAAGGACGCCACAAUGUCGCAAGUUUACUGGUAAAACAUGGAGCAAACUACGACCAGUCGGAUUAUUUCGGUGUAUCGUGUCUCCACCGAGUGUGUUAUGACGGGUAUGAUCUGGUUGCAAAGGUUCUGAUACAAGGUGGCGCUGACAUCAAUAUAAGGUCAAAGGUCGGCUACACACCACUCCAUUGUGCAUGCGAUUCAGGCCACAUAUCACUGGUGGAGCUCCUGCUACAAAAUGGCGCAGAUGUAAACGCCGAAGGACUUAACAAGAAGACGCCUACCGAUAUAGCACAGAUUAAGCAUAGAAGUGCAAUCAUGGAGCUCCUAACAGGCAGUUACAUCAGAUGUAAAGGCAAUCGAUAAACAAAGGGCAACCUCUGGGUAAUUAAUACCGGGGCCGCGAUGGUCGAGUGGUUAAGGUGUCCCGACACUGUAUCACUAGCCCUCAACCUCUGAGUGCGAGUUCGAAACCCAAGUGGGGCAGUUGCCUGGUACUGACCGUAGGUUGACGGUUUUUCUCCGGGGACUCCGGCUUUCCCCCACCUCCAAAACCUGGCACGUCCUUAAAUGACCCCGGACGUUAAACAAAAACAAACCAACAAAAGCUGUUAUGUAUUCCUCCAUUACUGAAAGUAUCUCCGCUGAUAUGAAACUAUAGAAUGCCAAUCAAUCAACAUAGAUCUAUUAUCUAAAUUACUUAAUCUUUACUUUAAUUUAAUCAUUGCAAAUUUGCUUAGUAUAUUUAGAAUAAAAAUCCUCUUCUCAAUCAUUUCUCCGGUAAUUCCUGUUCAAUCUUCUUCACCAUCACUUUUUUUAUCGACGUACUCCCAUUUUUGUUUUUAUUGUUAAUGUAUGUUACAUUGUCAGCGUUGUUUUGGGAAGAUUGACAAAACGAUAGCUAAAUUAUUGAGUCACCUCCCUUGCAACAACGUUAACUAUGCUAAAAAAUAGCAUACCAGGUAGUUGUUGCAAGGGAGGUAACUCUUAAUAAUUUAGCUAUCGUUGUUUCAAUCCUUCCCAAUGAACUUCAAACUGUAACUUUAUUACUACGAAAGCCAAAAAAUGAAUUCAUUUAAUAUCGUAUAGCUAUUGUUAAAUAUAUCAUUAUGGCGUGGGACAGGCUAAUGUUCUAUCCCCGCGUCUCCAGUCUCCUGUCAUUGAUAAAAAACCCGCUUACCAUUGAUACACACACCACGGGAAGAUUGUUUAGGGUUUAACACGCCCCUUACCAAGAUAAAGUGGGGGUGUCAUGGAUUCAGUAAUAAUUUACAUAAUAUUCACAUACAAAGAAAAUUACAGAAAUUCAUAUAAGGCAUCAGCAGAUAGUCAUGAUGGUAUGCCAAAACUAGAACUGUCGUCCAGAGGGCCAACUCAUACCCGCCCCUCCACCGCUCCUCUGGUGAAGAUUUUUCAACAAAAACUUGUUUAUGGUUAAAACGGCAACUUUAAUUUGUGAGGGAAAAACCUGCAUAUACGUAUAUGUACACAUUAUGAGUACCUAACAUUCCUAUGUAUUUCAAAUAAAAUCGGUUGAUAGCUAUAUAGGAGUAGUC